AUGCUGCCCUGGCGCCGGAGCAAGUUCGUGCUGGUGGAAAAUGAACGUAAGUGCAAAGGCAAGAGCCUGGGGCCGGGGCUGAGCUACGCGGCGCUGCUGGCCGGGUUCCUCCGCUCCUGCCCGGACCUGCUGCCCGAGUGCCCGCUGGAGCGCCUGGGCAGCGUCUUCCGCGGCAAGCGGCAGAAAGUGGAGCUCAACAAGGAGGACCCGACGUACACGGUGCGGUACCUGGGCAACGCCGUCACCCUGCACGCCAAGGGCGAGGGCUGCACCGAGGAGGCGGUGGGCAAGAUCUGGGCCAAGAGCGAGGCGGGCGCCGGCGGGGCCAAGAUGAAGCUGACGCUGGGCCCUCACGGCAUCCGCAUGACGCCCUGCGAGAAGGGAGCCCGCCGGCCGGGCCACGCGUACCUGCUGCACCGCAUCACCUACUGCGCCGCCGACCGCCGGCACCCCAAGGUGUUCGCCUGGGUGUACCGGCACCAGGUGAAGAACAAGGCGGUGGUGCUGCGCUGCCACGCCGUGCUGGUCUCCAAGGCCGACAAGGCGCGCGCCAUGGCCUUGCUGCUCUACCAGACCUCGGCCUCGGCCUUCAACGAGUUCAAGCGCCUCAAGAGACAGAGCGAUUUCCGCCACGUGCAGCAGCAGCUCCUGGGCGACGCCUUCGUGCCCUUGGUGCCGCUGCGCAGGCUGCUCAACGCCAAGUGUCCCUACCGCCCGCCGGCCGAGCGGGCCCGCUGCGCCCCUCGCCUCAGCUCCAUCCUGGAGGAGGAGGAGGAGGAGGCGGCCUUCGGCGCCGCCGCGACGCCUUUGGGGGACGCCGAGCGAGCGGCCGUGCUGCGGCUGGCCAGCGACAUGAGGGGCUGCAGCCUGCGCGGGCCGCGGGCCGCCGUGUGCUGA